UGUAUUAAACACUGAUCACAAACCGAGUUUUUAACUCCUCCUCCCAAAUUAGCUUCAUCCACGAUCGGCGCACUUUUUGGCGACAUUAUUUCCGGAUUGUAUGCGAUUCAUUGUCGCAAAUGCGCGACGAGAGCUACAAUAGACCAACGUGGCGGUCGGAUUUGUGAAGAUUACAGUCAAUAAAGUGCUGUGCACAAGGCUGCGACUAAUCCCUGUGUGAAAGGGAUGGGCAGUGCACCGGCGGAAUCUGACUUUCUGCUAAAAGCUGGGUGGGGAAUGGAGGGAGACUUUUCCUCUCGACUCCACACAUGCACAUUAUGGUCAACAGGGUGUAGUCUCACUUGGGUUGAAUGUCAAACGCGCUGUCAGACUCGUAUGAUUAGUUCGAAGUCCGAUUGUGUCAACAGUUACUUGGCUGAAUCGGAUGGCAGAGGUUCCCAUGUCAUGUGAUUGUUUUGUUUCUUUGCCUCCUGGCUCUCGCGAUGACCAUGUUAUUUUUGGGAAGAAUGCAGACCGUCCCCGGGAUGAGGUGCAAGAGGUGGCCCACUACCCUGCAGAAUCUCACCCUCCAGGCUCCAUGCUGGAGUGCACAUACAUCCAGAUCCCUCAAGUGGAGCAGACCCGCGCCGUCGUCCUCAGCAAACCUGCCUGGAUGUGGGGCGCUGAAAUGGGAGCCAAUGACCAGGGAGUCUGCAUUGGGAAUGAGGCUAUCUGGACCCGAGAGCCCGUCGUCCCCGGAGAGGCUCUGCUGGGCAUGGACUUUGUCAGACUGGGGUUGGAGCGUGGUGACAGUGCCUGGUCGGCGCUGACAGUGAUCACCAGCCUCCUGGAGCAGCAUGGCCAGGGGGGGCAGUGCAAGGAGGACCAUGUGCCCUUCAGCUACCACAACACCUUCCUCCUGGUGGACCGCAAUGAGGCCUGGGUCCUGGAAACUGCUGGGAGGCUGUGGGUGGCACAGAAGGUCACAAAGGGUGUGAAGAACAUCUCCAACCAGCUGACCAUCGGGACUGAGGUCACCGCAGAGCACCCAGAGCUGCGGGGCGUGGCCCAGGCUCAAGGCUGGUGGGACGGUGAGGGGGAGUUCAACUUUGCUCGGGUGUUCAGCCCCGAGAAUCCGCCUGCCAGGAUGGAGCUGGCAAAACAGCGCUAUAAGGGAGGCACAGAGCUACUCCAGCAACAUGACGGCUCAGUGACGGCAGAAGUGAUGAUGUCCAUUCUGAGGGACAAGCCCAGUGGUAUCUGCAUGGAUUCUGGAGGUUUCUGCACCACAGGCAGCAUGGUAUCUGUCCUGCCCAGAGACACCAGCAUGCCCUGCAUCCACUUCUUCACUGCCACCCCAGACCCCUCCCGGUCUGUAUUCAAGCCUUUUAUCUUCUCGGACUUUUCUACCCCUGUGCUGAGGGUGGUCUCCCCACAGUUUGGCCCAGAUGACCCUGUCAGGAAGCAGCCUCGCUUUCAGAGCCAGGUGGACCGAAGACAUGACCUGUACAAGGCCCACCAGGUGGCGCUCAGCACCAUGGAGACUAACCCGGACGAGGGUUCAGCUGUCUUUGAGAUUCUGAGGGAACUGGAGUCGCAGUGUCUGAGUGAGAUUUCAGCCAUACUGAGUGGAGAGAUAUCAGGAGAAGAACUGGGGGACUUGUUUUUUGAUUCCGUGGACACAGAAAUAAAGUUCUACCAAUGAGGAGCACCCUCAGGUGGACAUCCCUAACGCUAGCAGAGUUCCAGGAGAAGGCCCCCGGUCUGUUGAAAACCCUGUGUUCCUCAUCUGAUUGGGCUCUGCCUCACUCACACAACACGCGUCCAUGAUUAACACAGACUAAAUGUCGAAACUGCUCUGAUUGGAGCAAAUGUAUCAUCUGUAUCAACCAUGGAGCAAAGAGUGCACCUUUAUUAGUGAGUAUAAUGAUGUAGACUACACAAGCGCCUAUGUAGAGCUGUGUGAAGUUGCACAAAUGCAGCGUGGCAUUUGUUUAACAUUUUUUUUGUUGUUGCAAAUGAAUGGGUUGUCAUUUGAUGGCUACCUGUAGGGAAAUAUCUAAUAAAGAAUGUGGAUAGUC